GUCUAGCGAAGUUGUAGUUGUUAAUAUUUGGAAACUGUGUUUUUUUCAGAAUGGCCCCAACGGCAGCGACAAAGCCUAAGACCCCGUCUCGUAUGGUCACCAAAGACAUCGGCGGUGACAAAAAUGGUGGAAAACGUACAGUCCGAGUAAAUCGCACUUCUCGCUACUACCCGACAGAAGACCGUCCCCGUAAAUUGUACAACCGAAGGAAGUCUUUCUCCCAGCACAAGAGGAAGCUCCGAGCCUCCAUCACGCCAGGAACUAUCCUCAUACUGGUCGCUGGCAGGCACAAGGGAAAGCGUGUUGUUUGCCUGAAGCAGCUGGCAUCUGGACUUCUUCUGGUCACCGGUCCAUUCCACCUGAAUGCGUGCCCACUGAGGAGAAUUAACCAGCGUUAUGUGAUUGCCACGAAAACAAAGCUUGACAUCAGUGGAGUCAAGGUACCAGAUCGUCUCAAUGACGAGUAUUUCCGCCGAAAGCAGCUGAAGAAACCCAAACAUGCUGAGGGCGAGAUCUUUGACACUAAAAAAGAGUCGUACACUGUGAGUGACGAGCGCAAAGCGGACCAGGUUGAGGUUGACAAACAGAUCCUGGAUGUUAUCCGUAAAAACAAAGACAAGAAAUUCAUGUUUGGUUACCUUGGAGCCAUGUUCUCCCUCGGCAAGAGUCAGUUCCCACAUAAGAUGGUCUUCUAAUGUUAUGGAUACUGAGUAUAAAUAAAGAGAAAAACUGA